GAAAAUUUAGAAGCGUUUUUUUCACAAAUCUUAAUACAUAGGGAAGAUAGGGUUUCUGGCUGCAGCCAAUUCCUCCAUUGUCAAGCACUCACCUCACCCGAGCUCCGCAGCCAACAACCAUGGCGGAACAGACUGAGAAAGCGUUUUUGAAGCAGCCCAAGGUGUUCCUUUGCUCGAAGAAGUCGGGGAAAGGUAAGACACCGGGAAAGGGGGGCAACCGCUACUGGAAGAGCAUCGGAUUAGGGUUCAAAACUCCUCGCGAGGCUAUUGAAGGCACUUAUAUUGACAAGAAAUGCCCUUUCACUGGCAGUGUAUCGGUCAGGGGCCGUAUCUUAGCUGGGACCUGCCACAGUGCUAAGAUGAUGAGAACUAUCAUUGUUCGACGGAACUACCUGCAUUGGGUGAAGAAGUACCAAAGAUAUGAAAAGAGGCACUCGAAUAUUCCAGCGCACAUAUCCCCCUGCUUCCGUGUAAAAGAGGGUGACCAUGUCAUCAUCGGCCAAUGCAGGCCCUUGUCCAAAACUGUGAGGUUCAAUGUUCUUAAGGUGAUCCCAGCUGGUUCAUCUGGUCGCGGAAAGAAGGCCUUUACAGGGAUGUGAUUAGCCUAUUUGAAUUUCUUGUGGAUUGUUACUGAGGAAUGAGUUGGGGCUUGUUUCGGUUGGAAACAUAUAAUUGUUCCUGGCCUUCGCUUUUCUUUCAAGGGGUAGCAUUUGACCUAUUUGUACUUUAUUGAUAGACCCGUAAGCAGUCUCUGAAUUUUGUGGGUUUUAUUGGAAGAGGUACAUUGGUACAAAAUAUAAUAUUAUUAGUAUGUCCAACAAUGCUUACAUCAUGUAAUCCUUGCUUUCAAUUUGAUGGCUUAAUAGCCCAUUUUAUCUUGGGUUU